CGCCCAGGAAAGCGACUUGUGGCUUCGUUUAGACGCAGAUAUGUGGCCGUGGAUCGAUUUGGUGUGCUGAAAUCAAACAGGAUCAACGCAAAACAUGGAUUCCAACCCUCUCCUAAGUGCCAUGGACCCAUCCAUCACGCUGUGGCAGUUUCUGCUACAUCUCCUGGAUGAUCAGAACCAGCGGCACCUGAUCUCCUGGACGUCCAACGACGGCGAGUUUAAGCUGCUGGAUGCCGAGGAGGUGGCGCGCCUCUGGGGGCUGCGCAAGAACAAAACCAACAUGAACUACGACAAGCUGAGCCGCGCCCUACGCUACUACUACGACAAGAACAUAAUAAAGAAGGUAAGCGGUCAGAAGUUCGUGUACAAGUUCGUAACCUUCCCUGACCCGAACUCAGCCGACGGACUCCGAAGCCCUGAGGAUGCCCAGCGGCUCAUCAGCGGAGACAAAGUGGAGGCGUCUGUCCAAUCCAAAGCAGCGGGGGGCGCCAGUGCCGCCGUGGCCUCCCUGUCCAAGAUCCUGCAGCCUCAGCGCUCGUCUCCCAGCUCGGUGCAGCGCAGCUCCCGCAACGACUACAUGAAGUCAGGGCUUUACUCCACCUUCACCAUCCAGUCCCUGCAGACGCCCUGCAAGAGCUCCAGCAAAGCUGUGAAAAUGGAGCUGCCUGUAGAGAGCACGCCCAAACUGAGCAGCAGCGAGAGACCGCUGCAGGAGAUGCGGGUGUGUCAGACAGAAGCUCAGCAGGCAGCAGUGGUCACUCCAUCUCCGGCGGACAGCGGCAGUCUUCAGGUGAUCGUGACCCAACCUUCACCGUGCGCCACUCCCGCCCUCAGCCCACAGACGCCCUCCGCAUCUACUGCUGCUGCCCCUACGAACGCUCAGCCACAGAAGAACCAGGGACUCGGUGAUCCCCCUCAGAUCUACCUGACGAGCGUGUCCGACCGCAGCUCGCUGACUUCGCUGAUCCAGGUAGCCGGUAGCGACUGCGUGGUCAGCUCUCAGCAAGGUCACCCUGUGUUUGUGGUCAUCAAGCCUCCACCUGUCGGGGAAGCCAAAGAACCGAACAUCGCUUCCGGAGAAGACCUGCUGGACAUCGUGGACCUGGACGUCAAACCUGAAGCCGAGACGAUCCCAGUGUCCACUCCAGUGGUUACGGAGGCUCCGGUGCCUGUCGAUGACUCUCCACCGCCCCCCUGCCCGGAGCCUGUGGUACAGCCGGUGGUCGAAUCGGAGCAGAGCGAAGAGACUCUGACGCCUGUGGAGGACGUGAGCACCACCGCAGCAACGCAACCAGCCUCCACUCAGGAAGUGCAGCCGCCCAAAUCCAAGAAGCCUCGCGUGCUCGAGCUUCCCUCGUCUCCCUCGCCGCUUCCGUCUGGUCUGUCUCUGGAUAAAGUCAGCGCAGCAGUGAACAGCCUGCUGGCCCCAGGCAGCACCACAAACACCCUCACACCUACCGUCAUCAGCUCUCACGCCUUAACUCCGGUGUUGUUGACGCCGAGUCCCCUCCCGUCCACCAUCCACUUCUGGAGCACACUGAGUCCCAUCGCCCCACGCAGUCCUGCCAAGCUCUCCUUCCAGUUCCCCUCUAACGGGAGCAAUCAGAUCCACAUCCCAGCGCUGAGUGUGGACGGACUGUCCACUCCCGUCGUCCUGUCCCCGGGCCCUCAGAAACCGUAGACGUCUCGCCCCUCGCUGGCCCUCGAGACGACAGCUAACACACAGCCAGCACUCUGCACAGCGAGAGCGGAGCGUCCGGUCCAGUGGCAGACGAGCAGGAUUGGGUUCCACCCUCACGCUGGCUGUGUGAUUGGCUCAAACCCCGGAACCUCUAUCUUUCAGACUCAAAGGUGCCAUUUUAUAGACUACGCAAGUUCAUUUUCUUUCUUCUUUAUUCUUUCAUAUCUGUACAUUAUUUAUUUUUGUCGUCUCAACAGAGUAGAUUUUUUGGUGCAUAUUUUUAGUUUCCGUUUUCACUAAACUGUUUGGAGUAUACGCCUUUUGAGGUCCCUUUUUUUUUUCUCCCCCUCUCCUCCCUCACCUGUUGCAAGACGGUGUGUCACGGAGCAGACUUUGGUUCUUCAGACUUCAUUUCUUAUUUUGUUAAUAAGGAUGUAAAGCUGAAAUGUAUCAGAAGACAGCCAGAUGGCAGUCAAGACACACUUCCUUCUGCGUCUUCUGAACUUGCAUGGUGCAAAGCAUCAUGAUUUUUUUUUUUUUUAAAGAUUAAAACCGAACACACGUUUAAAACAAAAAAAAAAAAAAAGUGGAUUUUCUUCAUGACUGACUACAAGGAAUUUAUUUUGCUAAAGAGGCACUUAAUUCUUGUGGAAUGAAAAGGCCAUCUGUGGGAAUUAUAGAAGCGGAAACAGGAAACAAGACGACCGUGCGCGAUUAUCAACUCCUCGUCAUGACGCAGAAUGUAUCGAUGUUCCUAUUUGCGACGAUGUCAUUCCUUUCCUGCUCGUCAUUUAUUCCCAUUCCGGUUUGAAUGUUCAUAUAUAUCUAUAAAAAAUUUAUUUUUUUUUGCUCCUUUUUUCUCGUCAGCUAUGUUGUGUGUAAACACGUUUGUAGUUUAUGUUCAAUGACCUUUACAGUUGUUGGUUUUAGGAAAAAAAAAAAAAAAAUGCCAGAGGAGACCAAAGACCAGCAAUUUGUACUGAAUUUAAUGAGCAUCUCUGUAUGUACUGCACAUCUUUCUUUCUCUCUCUCUCUCUCUCUCUCUCUCUCUCUCUCUCUCUCUCUCAAUCUGAUUUUCUCGCUUUGCCUCUGUCUGUUUCUAAAUUUAUCACAAAGGGCUACAGGAUUCAUCACACUACUAAACCAUCAACUCUUUCUCCUUAUCCUCAGUGACUCGUUAUGUAAUAACCGACAGUGAUUUUACUUAAUUAUUCUUCAAAGAUAUCAAUAUGUUAUUCAUAUCCUUUUUUUUUUUCUUGCAUCACCCGAGUUUGGCAUCACUCCACAUUUCUUUGCUGUGCGUUUUUAAUCAAAUUCAUUGGGAAAAGUUGAGUAUUUUUAAAACGAAACUCAAUUCUCACCUCCAAGCUGUGAACUGUUAUGUUUUUGUUUUUUUUUGUUUUUUUCCAGCAUGAAAUUGGAGACAGACAAGUGUGAUGCCGCUUUUUCUUUUUCCAGGUUUUUUUUUUUUUGGGAGCAUUGCAUCUUUUUUUUUUUUCUCCCAUACAAAAGCACAAUGAUCUUCUGGAUUUAUUGCAGCUCAGUUGAAAAGCUAUUCCCGUUCCUUAUUUGAGUAGAUAUGUUGUACAAAAACAGAUUACACACCCAAGGCCAUUUUUCAAAUACUUAAUUACGUAUUGUGUAUUUAAUUAAAAUUAUUUUUUUUUUCCGGACUGUAAGACCGUAUAAUGCUGCUAAUUGUAUGCAGCUAUAUUUCUGUCAAACGUAAUCGUAAAUAAAUGCAACAAGAGUCAUCAGGAGUUAACAUGAAACCCCACUCCAAAUUUUCCUAAGUUGAAUUGGUUGCCAUGGAAAUACAGAGAAAAUAAAAAUCGCAGAAAGGUCAGAAGGCACAACUCCUCUAGUCAUUGAACGUAACUGUCAGGUUUCAUGAAGAAAAAAUCCUAAUAGUUUUUGAGUUAUGCUCCGGAAACGCAAAUAUUUACAGACAGACCGAGCGAUAGCUAUUACCCCACCCCCAAAAUAUAUACUGGGAGGAUAACAAUGAUGUCAUAACUGUGGUUCUGAAAGUAGGGUCCAUGAUUUUGUUACAGUACUGGGCGGAAAUCACAACCCAAUUGUGGCAGCGGGGGCGUGGUCAAGCGUCGGUGAAGGGGGAGGACUCCAUGGGGCUGUUCUUCUCUGUGCUCCGAUCCCGGGUUUCGGCACCACUGUAGGAAUUCUGACGGAUGGGUGGAGCACAGAAGGACGGCAGGCCAGAACGGAGUUCAACAAAACUUUUAUUUUCCACUUUUCAGUGUACUUAUUUUCCGCUCUCCCAGCCACACACGCGCACAGAGAGCUCCCUUCCUCUGCCCUCUCUCUCCUUAUAUAGGGCGUGGUCACUGGGGAAGACACACAAAACACACGUUAACUGACAUCAGGCGCAGUGAUUCUGCCACUUACCUUCCCUGACUCCGCCCUCCGGUCACAAACCGAUGCUUGACCACGCCCCCGCUGCCACACCAAUAUAUUGGCGCUAUUAUAUUUAAGGCUCCAAGCAAAAAAAAUCAACUCAGACCUAAAGUACUGGAAAGUUCAAGAAUGGAAAGGUCUACAGUGCCCAAAUUUUUUUGAAAAGUUUAAAGCAGGCCUCUGAAAUGUAUUUUACAGUUAAAACGAUCCCUGGCUACAAAACGGUCGAGAACUACCGAUGUAAGGAAUAGUGGUGAUUUAUGGCUCGACCCAAAGCAGAGUAACUCUCUCUUUUCUCCAAAAGCAUGUCCUCAAGUGUUUUAUUAUCCUCUCUUGAAGAAACACUCCAUCCAUUGACACUUUUUAAAGCAAAACUUGAUGCAUAAAUUACUUUUCCUUGUGAUUUGUAGUAAUUUAUUUAAAAAUAUUUUAUAUUACUAAUCACUUGUCAGUUUGCCGUGUUAUGAGCCUGACAUCAUGCUGCCAUGUCACAAUUCUACAUAUUCUACCCCCAUUCACUGGAUAUGAGCAAUCUCAUGCUCUGAUUGGCUACUCUACGACUAGGAUAUCAGCUCAUAUACCGUGAGUAAAGAAAAACAAAAUGGCGGCGCGUGUUGCUGAACCAACCGAGGACAAAAUAAAAACUCUACUUGAAAACAGAGUUUUUCACCUUUAUUAGAUAGGACAGUGUAGAGAGAGACAGGAAAUGAGUGGGAGAGAGAGACGGGGAGGGAUCGGGAAAUGACCUCGGGUCGGACUCGAACCCGGGUCCCCGGAUUUAUGGUACGGCGCCUUAUCCACCUGAGCCAUGGCGCCCCCUGCUGUAGCAUUUUGAGAUGUCCAGACCAACCUGUGACUCGUGCAAAGAAGUCAGAUGCACAAUUUGUUUCUUGAACAAUUCAAUUUGCAAAAUUUACAGGAUUGAUGAAGGAUUUGUGAUUUUAUAGAUGAAACAUAGUUAAAGUUUCAUAACCGUUAUUGUAGAUCAAAUGUUACUUAUCCCCCAAUGGGGGGGGGGGGUGUAUUUAUUUUUAUUUUUAUUUUAAAUCCUCCACUGGCCGAAAGGCCCAAAGGGGGAUCAUGUCGUAGUGAUUUCUAUCCGUCUCGGGAAGGGUGCUAUCCUUCUGAAAUCAACUCCUCUCACAAUUUUUGGAGGAAUUUCACAAAACUUGGCAAGAUUCUUUGUUAUAAUGUCGGUAAUACGCAUAUUGCAAUUUCAUUCAAUCCAGUCGCAUUACAGUUACAGCCCUUGAUUACCAAAAUUAUAAUUUGACAAUUUCAUGAGCGUGUGCUCGUCUUCUGAAAUGAACUACUCUCGCAAUUUUUGCAGGAAUUUUCCGAAACCUUGCAAAAGGCUUUGUUGUAUGUCGGUAACACACAUUAUUACAAUUUCGUUCAAUUCGGUCACACUUCACCAGAGUUGUGGCUCUUGAUUACCAAACUUGUACUUCGACAAUUUCAUGAAGGUGUAUUAAGACUUUUUAAAAAUGUGUUUAUUCAAUAUUAAAAUGUUUGUGCAAAUAAACAUCAUAAUAUAUGGAUGACACAAGAAAGUACAUGUACUUAGUUCCAUUGUGGUCCAUUAUAAAGAAUUCACGUGACUUAGUUUAAUAGCACCAAUAAAAAAUAGUUAACAGUAAGUAAAUAGAGAGAUAUAUUAAAAGUGGAAAAUUUACAUUAAUAAAAUACAAAAUAACUAGAUUCUUGUAUGUUAAGACUUUUCAAAUAACUUUUUGACUAGAAAUUUAAACUGAGAUUUACUCCUCGCACCUUUGAUAUUUGAUGGUAAACCAUCAAAUAUCAAAGGUGCUAAAUGCUAGAAUAAAAUGCGAGAAUAAAAGAAUUGUUUUACCAUGAGAAUUGACUCUAGGGGUCUGGAAGGACUUAUAAGUCCUUCCUGAUAUAAGCACUUAUAGCAUAGAUAUUAUUGCCAGCAGGGGAUAUUGUGCUCCCGGAGCACUUUUUUUUUUUUUUGCGUUAAAUUAAUGUCUUUCUCCCCCCCCAAACAAAUAACCAGAGUAGACAUUGCGACAAAAAUGUCAUGUAUGUAAAACGUGCGUAAAUAAAAGUUAAGUCACACUUUGUCAAAUACAAAUCACAAAAUUGUCCCUAAACCCACUGAAACCUACGAUCUUGCCUAAUGGUAAUGAUGCACUAAUGCACAGAUGCAAUGUGCAGGCAUAAAAUUAAGACCAGGUUAACAAGUAGGGAGGGUUUUUUUUUUUUUUUUUGAACUUUUAUUUAACUGAACCAAUUCAACCUUUAGUUUAAAAAAAAAAGGUUGAAAUCUAAUCAACAAGAUUUAAAAUGAAUAUAUCUGACGCAAAAUCGGGCUCACUGCAGAAGUGUGGAAUUCAAAGGCGCUUAUUUCCUGUGUAAACAGGAAACGUUUUGGUUUAAGAAAAAAAAUGUAUUCUGAUGUCCAAGUCGAAGUUUAGACACUAAACGAAGUCACAGAUUUGCCUCAUGUUCCCUGAUGCACAGCACAUUCCUUUGUUGAAAUGAAAAGCCAAAAUGUGACUUUUUCAACAAACAUGAAUCGAGGGUUUUUUGUCCCCCGAGGGCGUGUCUUACAGUCCGGAAAAUAAAUCGGUAUUUCAGUUUUGAGUUAAAACACGCCAGAAGAAGAGCUGAAGCACAAGUGCAUUAUAUGGAUGUGAGUAUUGAGUACCCAAUAAGAUGCUCAAACAGUGUUCUUAAAUGCAUAUAGGGCGUGUCAUAAUGUGCAUAUAGUGUGGGUCAUUUUGUUUUCUAAUUUUGCCGCAAAUACAUUCCUUAAUCUGUAAUGUAUCAGUUACCAAAAUAUUAUACUGUAAAACAACCGAUGAACAAGACUUUGUCGGCCAAAUUAAGUGUAUAUGUGUUUUAAAUAAGUGUUAAUUUCAGUUUACAGGUCAAAGUUUACAGCUGAUUUGAUCCAAAUAUGAUUUUGGAUUUUGAUUAAACACUUUUCUGGAUUGGCUGCACCAAAUUUAAGAAAUGGCUGCUUAGAUUAAAAGUAAUUAACUGGAGAAAUUUUUUUCUUUUUUAAGAAUAUCCAGUAAAACGGCUUCCUUUUUUUUUUUGUUUGUUUGUUUUGUUUGGGGUUUUUUGGACUCGUUUUGUCGUGACCCGCCCCAUUUCCCAUUUCAUGAUUUAUAUCAACACAUAUCUGUGUACACAUGCUACAUUUGAUGCCUUUUUUGUGUUGUUUUUUUUUUCCAAUUUAACAACAGUAAAGUCAGGCUUAUGGCUGUCUAACUAGCUGUGUUGCGUUAUUGAUGGUGUAUUAAUUAUUAUUCUAGCCACAUUCACUGGAUAUGAGCAAUCACAUGCUCUGAUUGGCUGCUCCUAGGAUAUCAGCUCAUAUACCAUGAGUAGAGAAAAACAAAAUGGCGAAGUGUUUUGCUGAACCAACCGAGGACGAAAUGAAAACUCUACUCGAAAACAAAACCACAAAAAAUACAAAAAAAAAAGGAAUGAAAGUAUUUGAUGGUAAGAACGUAUCAUCUUUUUAUUUUUCAAGAAAUAUCUCAUCUCAUCUCAUUAUCUCUAGCCGCUUUAUCCUGUUCUACAGGGUCGCAGGCAAGCUGGAGCCUAUCCCAGCUGACUACGGGUGAAAGGCGGGGUACACCCUGGACAAGUCGCCAGGUCAUCACAGGGCUGACACAUAGACACAGACAACCAUUCACACUCACAUU